GUCAUAGAGCAAAGACGAAUCCAGAUCUACCCAUAAAACAGAGAAAACCCAGAUCUUCCUUCCUUGAAAUAUGACCUAUUUGUUCAAUACCCAGAUCCAAAAAUGUCAUCUUGCAUCUGAUUUUUAGCGUUUGAAGCACGGUCAAGCAAAAUUUCGAGUUAUAUGUUCAGUGGUUUUCUUCUUUGAAGCUUCUUGGGUUUUUAUUACUUUUCUAAAUUUAGAAACAAUAGAAGGAGUGGAAAAGUCUCUGGAUGGAAAAUUCGAGGAACAAGAGAGGGUAUGGCCAUGGCGCGGAGGAUGCAGAGAACGCACCGGAAUCGAAGAAACAAAAGCUGCCGGCGUUGGCUAGGUACUUCUUUUACAUUUUUGUUGAUGGGUGUUCUUCGUUGUAUGUGUUUUUCUUGAGUGAAAAUGUCAGCUUUGCUUCUGGUUACUUGAAAGUGUCUGUUUUUCGAUCGAAUUUGGCUAUGAUUUAGUUGACUUUGAUCAAGUUCGAUCAGCAGGGAUAGAUGUAAAGGUUUCACGAAAAUGUUUGAGAUUGGAUUUGAUCCAUGUGCAUCUGAACUCGAUCAUAGUAGAAUUGAGGACUCAUGAAUCUGUUUCUUGAUGCAUGAAUUGGUGUAUUUGCACUUUGCAGUGUAGUUGUGGAAGCCUUGAAGGUGGAUAGUUUGCAAAGACUUUGCUCAUCUUUGGAGCCGCUGCUCCGCAGAAUUGUUAGUGAAGAAGUGGAGUGUGCUUUGGCAAGACUGGGAAAUGCUAAAUUAGCUGGAAGGUUGGUUCCUACAUCCACAUUUGGACACUGAAUUAGAGUCUCUUUUAUUCUGUUAGAUUGAUCAUCAAUGUGAUGCUCGUUGUUUUACCACAUAUUGGGUGCAGAGUAAUCUGAGGGUUGUUGUUGUUGUUUUUUUAUUUUUUUUUGGCCAUAAAUCUGAGGGCAUUCU